AUGGACGAUUUCCUCAAGGAAUUUUUCCCGAGCAUAUACCGUAGAAAGCAGCAACAUCUCAAAGAAACGGAUUACUGCAAAUACGACAAUCAGAUCCUAACUCUCUUCACAUCCUCCCUUUACUUUGCUGCCUUGGUCUCAACUUUUGGGGCUUCGUACGUGACCCGGAAUAAAGGCCGUCGAGCAAGCAUCAUUUGCGGCUCGAUCAGCUUCUUCAUGGGAGCAAUCCUCAAUGCCGCCGCGCAAAACAUCGCUAUGCUUAUCAUCGGCCGGAUACUUCUUGGCUUCGGCAUCGGAUUUGGCAACCAAGCGGUCCCGUUAUACCUCUCGGAAAUGGCGCCAGCAAAGAUCCGUGGAGCCAUCAACCAGCUCUUCCAGCUCACGACAUGCCUCGGCAUACUAAUCGCCAAUUUCGUGAACUAUGGAGUCGAGAGGAUCCACCCGUGGGGGUGGAGGCUUUCUCUCGGAAUGGCUGCGGUCCCGGCCACGUUCAUGUUCGUCGGGGGACUUUUCCUCCCGGAGACUCCCAACAGCCUCGUCGAGCAAGGGAGACUCGAGGAGGCCCGACAAAUUCUAGAGAAAGUCAGGGGAACCCCGAAAGUCGAGGCCGAGUUUCAAGACCUUAUUGAUGCAAGUAAUGCAGCAAAAGCGAUUAAGCACCCGUUUAGAAACCUUCUGGAGAGGAAGAAUCGGGCCCAGCUUGUGAUCGGGGCACUUGGGAUUCCGGCUUUCCAGCAGCUGACCGGGAUGAACUCGAUCCUUUUCUACGCGCCCGUCAUUUUUCAAAGCCUCGGGUUCGGGUCGGGUGCUUCUCUAUAUUCGUCGGCUAUUACGAGCGCAGCUCUGGUUCUAGCCACAUUGAUAUCCAUGGCGUUUGUCGAUCGAUUCGGGAGGCGGGCCUUCUUUUUGGAAGCAGGGUUCGAGAUGAUAUGCUGCUCGGUUGCGAUCGCGAUUACCCUUGCCCUGAAGUUCGGGCAAGGGGAGGUUCUGCCGAAGGGGAUUGGCAUCUUCUUGGUGGUGGUGAUCUGUAUAUUCGUGCUGGCCUACGGGAGGUCGUGGGGCCCGCUCGGGUGGCUGGUGCCGAGCGAGCUGUUCCCCCUCGAGACGAGGUCGGCUGGGCAGAGCAUGGUCGUGUGUGUCAACAUGAUCUUCACGGCUCUUAUAGCGCAGUGCUUCUUAGCAGCCCUCUGCCACCUCAAAUACGGGAUCUUCUUGCUGUUUGCGGGCCUCAUCUUCAUCAUGAGCUGCUUCAUAUUCUUCCUGCUGCCUGAGACGAAGCAGGUCCCGAUUGAGGAGAUCCAUCUGCUGUGGCAGUCUCACUGGUUCUGGAAGAGGUACUGUGAUGGGAAAAUGGAGAAUUAG